AAAUCUUCUUUUCUCUUCUUUCUCAAAGUCAUCCAUCCAUAGUAUAGAGAGCCAAGAAGCUAGUCAAAAUGGCAAGGAAGUGGCAGAGGAUAGCAGCCCUUGGGAGGAAAACAAUUUCUUCACCAAGAACCAAAGUUGACGUUGAUGCAGACAAUUGUAGCACAUCAGUGGCUGACAAAGGCCAUUUUGUUGUGUAUACCACUGAUAAGAGGCGGUUUAUGAUUCCCUUGGCGUAUCUCAGCAAUAAUAUCUUAAGAGAGCUCUUCAAGAUGGCUGAGGAGGAGUUUGGACUGCAAAGCAAUGGGCCUAUAACUCUGCUUUGUGAUUCAGUCUUCAUGGAGUACAUACUCCCACUCAUCCAACGAGGUGUAGCUAAAGAUGUGGAGAAAGCCUUGCUCUUCUCCCUUGCCACCAGUUGCUGCUCACUAUUGCCUUCCCAUCAAGAACAUAUGAGCCAACAAUUACUUGUUUGUAGCUAUUAACUGUAAUUUGUAAUGAUCCACACAAUUGUAUAGUGAUACAUACUUUACAAUUGCCAAAACUUUUCUCAGUUUUUCUUCCAUUAUAAAGUAACUAAAUAGAGUUAAGCAGCAUUGAUAGCCAACAGGGUGGACAUGAUUUACAUUGUUCUCCUGGUGGCCUUUAUCAAGAAGUCUGGUCAAUAUCAACU